CCCGCCAUUGUGCCCGGCGCGCGCGUGUGGGCGCGAGGCGGCGGGCCUGGGCCAUAGAGGCGGGCCGGAAGGAGCGGCGAGGGGGGUGGCUAGAGCGUCACCCCGAGCAGGCAGCCGCCGCGGGCCAGCCCGAGUCCGCCAAGGCCGCCGCGCCCGGACAAAGCCGCCGCCGCCUCCCGCCGCCCCGCCCCGGCCCGCCCCGCACGCAGCCCCGCCGCGGAGCCAUGUCGGCCAGCAGCCUCCUGGAGCAGAGACCCAAGGGCCAAGGCAACAAAGUGCAAAACGGGUCCGUGCAUCAGAAGGAUGGGUUAAACGAUGAUGACUUUGAACCCUACCUGAGUCCCCAGGCCCGGCCGAACAAUGCAUACACUGCCAUGUCUGAUUCCUACUUACCCAACUACUACAGUCCCUCCAUCGGAUUCUCCUACUCCUUGGGUGAAGCUGCCUGGUCCACGGGGGGUGACCCCCCCAUGCCCUACCUAACCUCCUACGGACAGCUGAGCAACGGGGAGCCCCAUUUUCUCCCAGAUGCCAUGUUUGGGCAGCCAGGGGCUCUUGGCAGCACUCCAUUCCUCGGGCAGCACGGCUUUAACUUCUUUCCGAGCGGGAUCGACUUUUCGGCUUGGGGGAAUAACAGUUCUCAGGGACAAUCCACUCAAAGUUCUGGCUACAGCAGCAAUUACGCCUACGCCCCCAGUUCCCUGGGGGGUGCCAUGAUCGAUGGGCAAUCAGCCUUUACUAACGAGCCUCUGAACAAGGCUCCUGGCAUGAACACCAUCGACCAAGGGAUGGCUGCCCUGAAGUUGGGCAGCACGGACGUUGCCAGUGGAGUCCCCAAGGUGGUGGGUUCUGCCGUGGGCAGCGGGUCCAUCACCAGUAACAUGGUGGCAUCCAACAGUUUGCCCCCUGCUACCAUCGCUCCUCCAAAGCCCACCUCCUGGGCUGACAUUGCCAGCAAACCAGCCAAGCAGCAACCCAAGCUGAAGACCAAGAACGGCAUGGCAAGUUCCAGCCUUCCCCCACCUCCCAUCAAACACAACAUGGAUAUUGGAACUUGGGAUAACAAAGGGCCGGUACCUAAAGCUCCGGCGCAGCCUUUGGCUCAGAACCUGGCUCAGCAGCCAGCCCAAGUGUCCCCCCAGCCCGUGGGGCAGCAGAUCAACACCAGCCCCCCCGUGGCCUCAGCCCCCAGCGGGCAGCAGCAGGCGCUGCCCCCACCCCCCCCACAGCCCACCCCACUGCCCACCCCCCCCCAGCCAGCCCAGCCCACCCGCUGGGUCGCCCCUCGGAACCGCGGCAACGGCUUCGGGCAGAACGGAGCGGACGGGAACGGAGUGGGACAAUCUCAGGCCAGCUCCAGUUCUGCUCCUUCAGAGCCUCACCCAGUCCUGGAGAAACUCCGAUCCAUCAACAACUACAACCCCAAGGAUUUUGACUGGAACCCCAAGCACGGGCGGGUGUUCAUUAUUAAGAGUUACUCCGAGGACGAUAUCCACCGCUCCAUCAAAUACAACAUCUGGUGCAGCACGGAGCACGGGAACAAGAGACUGGAUGGUGCCUAUCGCUCCAUGAACGGGAAGGGGCCCGUGUACCUCCUGUUCAGUGUCAAUGGGAGUGGUCACUUCUGCGGGGUGGCAGAAAUGAAAUCUGCUGUGGACUACAACACGUGUGCAGGGGUCUGGUCCCAGGACAAGUGGAAGGGACGUUUUGAUGUCAGGUGGAUUUUUGUGAAAGACGUUCCCAACAGCCAGCUGAGGCACAUCCGCCUGGAGAACAACGAGAACAAACCUGUCACCAACUCCAGGGACACUCAGGAGGUGCCUCUGGAAAAGGCUAAGCAGGUGUUGAAAAUCAUUGCCACCUACAAGCACACCACCUCCAUCUUUGAUGACUUCUCACACUAUGAGAAACGCCAAGAGGAGGAGGAAAAUGUUAAAAAGGAACGCCAAGGCCGUGUCAAGUAAAAAAGGGCCCUUCCUCCCCCAGAGACUGCAGCAGAAUUUGCAUCCCAGCAUCUUUCAGAGAGAGAAAGAAAGAGCAAAAACAACCAACAACACAUCCUGGAGAGAAUUAGAACUUGGUUUGGGUUGUUUGGUUUUUCUCCCCCCCACACCCCCCCCUCCCUCCUCCUCCCCCCCUUCUUAAUUUCAUUGACUUUAAGAAAAACAAACUCUUCCAAACUCACAGUGGAAAGAAACAAAAAGGAUUGGAAUUUCACAAGACAUAGGACUUAAAAAAAAAAAAAAAAAGAAAGAAAAAAAAAAGAAAAAGAAAAACAAGAAAAAAAUAAUCCCUUCUAGGUAGAGUUAGAAGUAAAAACUGUUUCCCUUUCUUUUGGCUUUGGUUGUGAUUUCAGAGCAUUCACUUUGGGGUUUUUUUUUUGUCUUUUUACUAUGUUUUGUUUUGGGUUUUUUUUUUUUUUUUUGGAUUUUCAAGUCCUUAAGUGGCAUCUGCCUUUUUUUUUCCCUCCUCCCUCUAAUUUUUCAACCCUGCUGCUUCCCCCCCUUCCCCCCCCCAUCUCCUUCUCCCCCUGGUUUUGACAUUUGCACUUGGAAAACACCGAGUUGUAACAAACCCACCAUGGAAAGUGGAGUCACUUUUUCUUGGGUUUUUUCUGUUUUGUUUUUUUUUUAUUCCUCCCCUUCCCUCUUCCUGGCCUGGAAAAGGAAAAAAUUCCACGAGGGAUUUAGGAUUUUGGCCUAAGAAGAAAAGAAAUGGUCCACGAGGUUGUGUCUUAAAGGUGGUUCAUUUGGUUUUUUUGCCCUCUGACCCUUUUGUUACUCAAAAAGUCAAGUACUAAGAGUCCUCAGAAACGUUUCUGUUCUUGUGCAUUAUAUGGAUUUACAGAUGGAGUCUGGAUUCCUUUGAUUUGAAAAAGCUGAGAACAGUGGGUUAAAAAAAUAAAUAAAACUUGUUUUGUUUACAGGAAAAUGAAUUUUGGACAAAACAAAAAAAAAAACCACAAAAAGGCAAAAAAAAAAAAAAGAAGAAAUAUUGUAAAAUGUGUAGUGAAAAAAUAUGUUUCUUCUGUUUCUUGUUAAGCCAAACGAGGAAUGGGCCUUGCCUUUUUCUUUUCACCAUUAAUCACUUCUCAAUAAUAAACGUGAGAUCCUGUUGAGCAUCA